UGUCAUCAUAAUUACAUGAGUGCGUUAGUGAAGUUCUAGAUGAGAAUUCUGUCCCUCCUGGAGGUGAUGGCUUCGGGCAAGGACACGUGUCCUAUCUUACCUAAGCUUGCCAACAGCUGCACUGAUGAGAGUUCAUAUAAGCCUUCUAAUGAGUGUGCUCCAAAUGCUGGGAUUCAUUUGCCACGAUUUUCAGUAAAGCACGGGAUGAUCCCAAGACGUUAUGUUAUGCCUUGGAAAGAAAAUAUGAAAUUCAGGAACAUGAAUCUGAAGCACGCAGAAGUGUGUGGGAUCCACGCUGGCCCUUUCGAAGACUCUCUGUUUUUGAAUCACAGCGAAAGGCUUUGUCAUGGGGAAGAUCGAAAACUUGUCUUAAAGAAAGACCCACCAGAAAUAAAAAUUGCAGAUAUGCCUCUACAUUCACCGCUCUCCAAAUACCAAAGCACUGUGAUUUCCCACGGCGUCAGGAGGCGUCUGGUCUGACAAAAGAAUAAAGUGCCGAGGUGUUUCAA